UGAGAGAAGUCCACAGUCGUGCAAAUACUCCAUCCCAAGAUUUUUCGGCUCGUCGAAAUCAUCUUCCUCCCGUGAAUCUCAAUGGGCAUAUAGGCAAAACAACCAAACUUGCGGCAGAGCGAAUGAGACCGCCACUGUCACAACCGCAGCGGCCAUCUUUUUCGCAUCAAUCAGGCUAUCAGAAUUUGUCAAAUUUGCAGCCGAAAUUCGCUUUCACGAAUGAUACACCGAGACAGAAUGCUUUCGCUUCGAGUUCUUCUAUUUCAGAUAAUUCUUGCAAUGAUCCAAGGGAUACCAUGCGACAUCAAUCAAAUCGUUAUGCAUCUCAACCAUCCCCACAGAACAGCUUCAUGGAGGAACCUCAUCAGGAAGAAGCGGAGGACGAUGGCAUUUAUCAAAGACCACAAAAUGCAAGAGUGGGUCUGAAGAAGAACACAUGGACAAAUCAAACACAAUUGUGUUUCAGACCUGUGAAGCCACCAGCAAAAAGGGAAAGCUCCCAGCCAAGAGCAACGAAUCAGAUCAAUAGGCGAUACGAUCCUUCUCCUCCAGUGGCAAGAACACCAAUGCCGCGCCCGAUGCAGCCAUACGGGUAUGCACCAAUGCAACAGAACACCGCAUGGAUGAUCAGGCCAAUGCCAUACCCUCCUUCUAGAAUGCAGCAGCCUAGCUACAGUCCGCCCCAACAAAGUGUAUACUACCACGGUCAAAUGGUACCGAAUCACAUUGUUGAGCAGGAACUAAGAGCGCGGGCAGCGGAAUCAUCCACAGCACCGGAUGUGAAGCCAAUGAUCCAUAGGAGACAGUCUACGAGGAACGACAUGGAACAGGAAAACGAUGAUGUUGAAUGUGUUGAUCGAAGACAAGCUCUUUAUCCGGGCGUAUAUGAACAAGAUGAUGGUGAGUUGCGUUUGCAGACGUGUAGCUUGAUAUUGUUGACUAAUUGAAUUAAUUCCUGAAUGUAGAAGAAGAGCAAGAACGGAUGACUAACAACCUGCAGCGGUUUUUGCCUCUGUCUAACACCCAAUGGAGUACGAUUUCCACCAGUCUGAAAGAAAGGACAGAACAAAAGCAAAAGCGAAGGUCACUAAAACAAAAGGCGACACCGAAAUCUGUGAGAAGAUCUGCCAAAGAAAUCAAAGAAGCUUCUCAACUUCCCUCAACCAAGAUACUAGGUGCAGCCAGUAAAACCAAAGGAGGCCGUGUAGGU